UGAAGGAGCCCCUGCGCUGUGUUUGAGUGCUCGAACUUGGCCGUUCCCAAAGCCUAUCGGGGCAGAGAAACCAAAGUUCUCCAUUUUUAUGCCUUCGAGAGUUCUGCCAGCUCCAAAUUUUAAUCUUCCUCGAGGAUGUAUGCAUAAAUCAGCUCUGGUAGUUCCACAUAUAAUCAAUAGUCGAGAAUACUACUCGUUCAAAGUGGGAACCAUACAAUGGAUCAACGAUCGCCUCGACACUCUUUCCGUUGGCACAGGUGAUGCGACGAUUGGGAGCAUAUUGCUGCUCAUAAAUUUUGAGCUAAUGAGAGGGAACGUGACUGAGGCUCGAUAUUAUAUGGAUGGCGUCCAACAAAUCGUCAACCUUCGUGGAGGACUUGGAAAUGUUAACAACAGGAAUGUUCUCGCUCGAAUAUUAGUCAUUGAUCUACUCGUUGCUGCCCUGAGUAAGCAUCAACCUCGAUUCUCCCAACCGACUUUAUUUCCUGCGGAUUUGCUCGGUGCGGUGUUCUACAAGGUCGCAGACUCACCCUUAACAACUCAAAGAACAAUGAAAAUCGCUCUCAAGGUAUCCUCUUUUGGUGAGAGGGGUGCCAGAUACCUACAGCGGGCGCAAAUGAUUACCAUGCACCGUAUCGCUGGUACGAGCUGCAGCUUUUCGGAAUAUAAGCACGACCUUUAUGAGCCCAAAACAAGAAUGGACCAGGACACUUCCGCAUUAUUCCGUAUCAUCCAGCAAACGUCAGAUAUAUAUCUGGGUGCUCUACAAACCCCACAGAUACCAUUCUCGUCGCCUAUCAACAGAAAAUCAACGGUAGCACUUUGCCAAGCGGUCGAGUCUCCAGCAAAUGAUGACGUGUGGGACCGGUUUCCUGGAAUAUUCACCUGGGUGCUUUUGGUGGGCUGUGCUGCUGCUGAGGAGGGGUCGACUGAGUACAAUUUUUUUGUAUGCCUCCUGAUUAAAGUGGCGCUUGGUGCGGGGUAUGGCUGGUUAGACGCAUUGACAGAAGCGGUGAAAACAUUUAUAAAGGUCAAGGAAUUGUCUGAAGGUUGUGAGAAGAAGAAUUUAUAGAGGCGUCAUAAGGAAGGUUAAGCAUACACGGAGAAUGAAGGGGUUCGCUUAGGGCUGGAUUCCCCCGAAUACUUCAAGAAUUCUGAACAACGAGUUGAAUUGUGCUUCAAGAGAAGCAAAUGAAUAUCACUAAUUAGUACCAAUUUCUGUUCGGCAGAAGGGCUACACUUUUGAAGUGUUCCAAUAAAGGGAGCGGCGUUCAAAUUUUAGGCGGACGGGAUACUUGAGCUGAAGUUAAACAGCACCAACCCAUCAAAGGGUCUAUAGCCAG